CAUAUUGCCCCUUUCCGUAACCCUCGACUCAUUCUCAAGACCCAAAGAGAGGCUUGGCGUCUAUCUCAGUGUUGCAGCCGCAGACUCUCAGAAAGAAAGAAGAAAGGAAGUUUCAGAAACAAAGAAACAAUGAGGCCGAUUCUGAUGAAAGGGCACGAGAGGCCAUUGACGUUCUUGAAGUAUAACAGAGACGGCGACAUCCUCUUCUCCUGUGCGAAGGAUCACACCCCCACCGUCUGGUUCGCCGACAACGGCGAGCGUUUCGGCACCUAUCGUGGCCAUAACGGCGCCGUUUGGUGUUGUGAUGUCUCAAGGGAUUCUAUGCGCCUUAUUACUGGAAGUGCGGAUCAGUCGGCGAAGCUAUGGAAUGUUCAAACUGGAGCACAGCUUUACUCGUUUAAUUUUGGUUCUCCAGCGAGGUGUGUGGACUUUGCAGUCGGUGACAAGCUUGUUGUGAUCACCACUGAUCCAUUUAUGGAGUUGGCUCCCGCUAUUCACGUGAAAACCAUUGCCAGUGAUCCCACUGAGCAGACCGAUGAAUCUGUGCUCGUGCUUAAGGGUCCUCAGGGAAGAAUAAAUAGAGCUGUCUGGGGACCCCUGAACAAGACUAUCAUAAGUGCUGGUGAAGAUGCUGUAAUUCGUAUAUGGGAUUCAGAGACAGGGAAACUACUCAAGGAGUCUGACAAGGAAAUUGGUCAUAAGAAGACAAUAACAUCACUUUCAAAGGCUGCAGAUGGUUCACAUUUCCUCACUGGUUCCUUAGACAAAUCUGCUAAGCUUUGGGACACCAGAUCAUUGACACUUAUCAAGACAUAUGUGACAGAACGCCCAGUCAAUGCAGUUGCAAUGUCUCCACUUCUUGAUCACGUGGUGAUCGGAGGUGGUCAGGAUGCAGUAAAUGUCACGAUGACUGAUCACCGUGCUGGGAAGUUUGAGGCCAAAUUCUUUGACAAGAUUCUUCAAGAAGAAAUUGGAGGUGUGAAAGGACACUUUGGACCUAUAAAUGCUUUGGCAUUCAAUCCUGAUGGGAAAAGUUUCUCAAGCGGAGGUGAAGACGGUUAUGUAAGAUUACAUCAUUUCGACCCCGAGUACUUCAAUAUCAAAAUUUAGCCGCAUAAUAUAGAGGAAGGGAACUUGUUUUGGUGAAUUUUAUGCUGUAAGAGCAGAGUUUUCUUAUGAGUUUGUGUUUUUUUUAAUGAAAGAACAGUUUUGUUAUGAAGAUUAUUCAGGUUUCCUUUGUUGCUAAUAAGCUCAUUUCCAGUUGAAAA